AUGGGAGUGCUGGAGCCGGUCGACUACUCGGACUGGGCGGCACCCAUCGUGGCAGUUCGGAAGGCGCAGCGCGACGCAGACGGAGAUCCGGUGGUCCGCAUUUGCGCGGAUUACUCGACCGGAUUGAACGCUAUGCUGGAGGCGAACAAGUACCCUCUCCCUACCCCCGACGACAUCUUCGCAAAGCUGGCUGGCAGCAAGUUCUUCAGCGUGAUUGACCUGUCGGACGCUUAUCUGCAGAUGGAGGUAGAGGAGGAGUCGCAGAAGCUGUUGACUAUGAACACACACAAGGGGCUGUUCAAGGUAAAGCGUCUGCCGCCGGGAGUGAAACCCGCUCCUGGAGCCUUCCAGAAGGUCGUUGACAACAUGCUCGCCGGCCAGGAAGGAGCGGCGUCGUUCCUCGACGACGUGCUGGUGUUCGGCCGAACGCGCGCUGAGCACGACCGGAACUUGGAGCAAACGCUGCAGCGGAUCCAAGAUUUCGGUUUCCGGCUCAAGAUCGAGAAGUGCAAGUUCUACAUGACGGAGGUGAAGUACCUGGGUCACAUCAUCAACCAAAACGGAAUCCGCACCGACCCGGGGAAAGUGUCUGCCAUCUCGCAGAUGCCACCGCCGAAGAACCUCACUGAGCUGCGUUCGUUCUUGGGCGCGGUCAACUACUACGCGAAGUUCAUCAAGGAGAUGCACCAGCUGCGUAGGCCACUCGAUCUGCUGCUGAAGAAGGACGCAAAGUGGGCCUGGUCGGACGACUGCCAACGAUCGUUCGAGCGCUUCAAGGAGCUGCUCAAGUCUGACCUGAUGCUGACCCACUACAACCCGACGCUGGACAUUAUCGUGGCCGCUGACGCUUCGCAAACCGGAAUCGGCGCCACAAUCCGACAUCGUUUCCCUGACGGUUCGGAGAAGAUAAUCCAGCACGCCUCAAGAUCGUUGACACCGGCGGAGCAAGCGUACGGGCAGAUCGACAAGGAAGCUCUGGCGCUCGUCUACGCUGUCACGAAGUUUCACCGAAUGCUGCUGGGACGACGGUUCGUUCUGGAGACAGACCACCAGCCUCUGCUCCGUAUCUUCGGGUCGCACAAGGGAAUUCCGACACACACGUCCAACCGACUGCAACGACUGGGACUCGUUCUGCUGUGCUACAACUUUGGCAUCGACUACGUCUCCACGGCGAACUUCGGGUACGCGGAUGUACUCUCCAGACUCAUCGAUUCGGCGGCCAAGCCGGAGGAGGAGUACGUUAUCGCCGCUCUGUAUCUCGAGGACGACAUGUCGGCGGUCUUGGAAGACUCCGUUGGCAACACACCUGUCACUUCCAAGAUGAUCGCCGCUGCUACCGCCCGGGACAAGGUGCUCAAGAAAGUGGUCCAGUACUUGGAAGGUGAGUGGCCGGCCAGCGCAAGCGAAAUCGACAACCUGGACGUGAAGGCGUUCUACCACCGGAAGGAGAGCCUGGCGCUGACUCAGGGCUGCAUUCUUUUCGGCCAACGAGUGGUGGUGCCUGAGACCUACCGAAAGCGGAUUCUGCAACGCCUGCACCACGGUCAACCGGGCAUGGUCCGGAUGAAGAGUCUGGCUCGGAGUUUCGUCUACUGGCCGCACAUCGACAAGCAGGUGGAGGACACGGUGAAGCACCUGGCCAACACCAGCGGACCAUGGCAACGCAUUCACAUUGAUUACGCGGGCCCGAUCGAUGGUCUCUACUUUCUCAUCAUCGUGGACGCUUUCUCGCGAUGGCCUGAGAUCUACCCGACGACGACCACGACCGCUAGGGCCACGAUCCAGUUUCUUCGAAGCACGUUCGCACGCCUUGGCCUACCGAUGGUGCUCGUGUCGGACAACGCGGCUCAGUUCACUUGCGACGAGUUUGAGUCCUACUGCAAAGCGAACGGAAUCACCCAUAUCCUCACCGCGCCCUACCAUCCGCAAUCGAACGGGCAAGCGGAACGCUUUGUGGACACCGUCAAGCGAGGAAUGAAGAAAAUCAACAAGGGAGAGCCACUGCAGGAGACACUCGACGUGUUUCUGGCAACGUACAGGUCGACGCCGAGCGGAACAACCGAGCAGAAGUCACCAAGUGAACUGCUGUUUGGACGUCAAAUGCACACCACACUCGACCUACUGCGACCACCACCAACACCGGUUGCUGAGAUAAUGACAACUGCUGAGAACGACCAGAGACGAGAAUUUGCACCUGGCGACUUGGUGUAUGCGAAGGUGCACAAGCGGAACGACUGGUACUGGGAGGCAGGAAAGGUCAUCGAAAGGCUCGGCUCGGUGAACUGCAACGUGUGGUUGGACGGCCAACGUUCGGGGCUGAUCCGGUCGCAUAUCAACCAGCUUCGUCCACGGCACGAGUCAGCGGAUUCGCCGGCGCGCGGUCGCGCUGUAAACCUUCCGCUGGACAUUCUCCUGGGCGAGUUUGGGUUCGCUCAACCAACAACCGAGGACGUCACGCAAGCAGCUGUGGUGGAACCGGAAGACGCGAACCAACCAGAAAUCACCGAGCAACCUGGCAACAACGAUGGACCGGAACCAGCUGUGAUCCAACGGCCGAUCCGGCGGGCUUCGACGGGAAGUAUUCCGCUGAGUUGCGUUCCCGUGCCGAAGACGACGAACACCAGAAGUGGACGCGAGGUUCGGCUGCCGCCGAGGUUCGAUCACUACGUGAUGUCUUAA